UCCAAGUCAAUGGAAUUAUGUACCAACUAACCGUAAUCCCGCAGACUCGGGAACAAGGUCCGUACCAGCCCACGAAAUUCAUAGCAGUGAAUGGUUAUUGGGACCAAGACAACUUCUUUCCUCAGAACAGAAGAAUUCUGAGGACAUAUAUCAGCUGAUAGAUCCAGAGGAAGAUGGAGAAAUCCGUGCAACUGUUAAUGUUGCAAAAACAUUUGCCACACUUGAGCAUAAAGGUAUCGGAACUGAUAGAUUCAACCGAUUCUCCAACUGGACAUCACUUGUGCGAGCGAUAGCCUUUUUGGAACGUUUCUCCCGUUUACACGGGUCAAAACAGGCAUCAUCAGUGACUUCUUUGGAUAGUUUUUCGAAUGCCGAAAAUUUCAUCUUAAUAUCUGCACAACAUGAAGUUUAUGGAGAUGAAAUAGAUUGUAUAAAACGUCAGGAACAAAUUAAUAAGCGGAGCCCGAUAGCUAACCUCAAUCCGUUUUUGGACGAAAGAGGACUAUUACGAGUAGGAGGCCGUAUUGUCAAAUCUGACUUAAACUUCCGUGAAAAGAAACCAUUGAUCGUCCCUGGACGCCAUCAUAUAGCGAUAUUAUUAGUUCAACACUACCACGACAAGAUAAAACAUCAAGGUCGCCAUUUCACAGAUGGAGCGAUUCGAUCCGCAGGAUUUUGGAUCGUUGGAGCAAAACGCUUGAUCUCUUCUAUUAUUCACAAAUGUGUAACAUGCCGCAAACUCAGAGGAAAAACAGAGUAUCAAAUCAUGUCUGAUUUGCCAGAGGACCGUCUUGAACCGUCACCUCCGUUUACUAACGUUGGAAUAGACACCUUUGGCCCCUGGACAAUUGUUUCACGUAAAACACGUGGUGGGUACGCCAACUCUAAACGUUGGGCAAUUUUAUUCACAUGCUUAGUGACAAGAGCUAUUCACAUCGAAUUAAUCGAGGAAAUGAGUUCUUCAGCCUUCAUAAACGCCGUCAGGAGAUUCGCCGCUAUAAGAGGCCAAGUUAAGAUUUUCCGAUCUGACCGUGGAACGAACUUUAUUGGCGCAAUCGACGAUUUAAAGAUUGACUCAAUCAACGUUGAAGAUGGACCCUUCAAGAACUUUCUGUAUAAUUCUGGUACAACUUGGAUCUUCAAUCCGCCGCAUUCGUCCCACAUGGGUGGAGCCUGGGAGAGGAUGAUUGGUAUUACCAGGAGAAUUCUUGAUUCUAUGCUUCUAAACGCAGCCGGAAGAAGCCUAACACAUGAUGUGCUUAACACACUAAUGGCAGAAGUUUCAGCAAUAGUGAACUCUAGACCUCUGGUACCGGUAUCAACAGAUCCAGAGAAUCCGUUAAUAUUAACUCCGGCUAUGUUAUUGACACAGAAAACCGACUACAUUUUCACUUCAGAUCAUCUUGGAGAAUUCGACAAACGAGAUCUCUGUCUUGCCGAAUGGAGGCGAGUACAGGCUCUGGCCAGUGUUUUCUGGUCCCGUUGGAGGAAAGAGUACCUGCCGUUACUACAACAACGACGAAAAUGGACCGAAGAUCGCCGUGAUCUCAUCGAAGGAGACGUCAUUCUUCUAAAGGAUAAAAACCUUUGCCGUACCCAAUGGUCCGUUGGAAUUAUAGUGAAUUCAUUUAAAAGUUCAGACGAACAUGUCCGAAAAGCAGAAGUGCGAGUAAUCGUUAAUGGAAAAGCCACAACCUACACACGUCCUAUCGUGGACAUGAUUCUUCUCGUAGAGAACAACCCUAUGUAAUUAUGUGUAUAUAUAUAUAUAUAUUUGAUUUAGAUAGGACAUUCACAUGUGUUAUGUUUUAUGGAAUAGUGAUAUCAGAUAGAUUUCAGACGGGGAGUAUUCUGUAUCACGUUAUCAAUUGUAUUUGCUACGGCAUCUAUUGGAUUGAAUUUUCAGACAUUCAUAUUUUCCGGAAAUGAUCUGGACUUAUCCGUAUGUUCACUACCGUUUACUUUCUCUUCCUCGCCUGUCUAUUACAAAUGGAUGCCACGACAAAACUGCUCCUGUGGAUAUUGUGACAAAUCACCGUCAAUUUACCAAACAAUACACACUCUGUAAAAACUCCUGUAUCCCUUCUGGUGGAAUUAUAAUCUACAAUCUUCA